CACUCUCACUUAGAUUUCAAAAAAAUUAUAUGCAUUUAACCUUUUCCUGCGUUGACAAUUGCUCUCUAUAUUAAUUAUUAGCAGUAUCCAUAUGGGUAUGGCGCUAAAUAAGUGUGCAGAGAUUGCCUCCCCAGUUACUCACCCAAACUCUCAACUUUAUCUCUAUAUCUCUCUCUUACACUACUUACAGGUUCUAUCUUCUCUUCAUAUCUAUCACCUUUAAGCCUUCCAUGUUCAACUUGGCUUUCAACACAAGUUGAAACAAUCCCAAAACAACUUCUUCCUUGUUUGUUUUCUAAGAAAAUUAAAUUUGCUGCAACUUUUUUUUUCUUUGAGAAUGGAUGUUGUGAAAAAGAGAGGAAAGAAAAACUUGAUCUUGAAGGCGUGGCAGCGGUGUCGAUCAAUCCAUGGUAGCCUCAGCAAAUCUCUGGCUAUGAAUCCGAGUUCUCUAUCAAAGAGCAAUUCAUGGCACAGCAGUAGUAGUACUAGUACCAAAAGAUCAUCAUCAUCAUCCUGCAAACCUGCAAAGUCACAGGUUGCUCCGGAAGGUUGCUUCUCGGUGUAUGUUGGGCCGGAGAAACAGAGGUUCGUGAUCAAGACCAAGUACGCCAAUCAUCCACUGUUCAAGAUGCUGCUUGAAGAUGCUGAAUUGGAAUAUGGGUACAACAGUGAUGGCCCUAUCUUGCUUCCAUGUGAUGUCCAUCUUUUUUACAGUGUGUUAGCGGAGAUGGACAGCAAAGAUCAUCAGAUCAGUCCUCGUUGUGGAUUCUCAUAUGCCUUGUGUAGCCCUUUCAAUCCAAGUCGGCGUUUGGGUAACAGUGACAUGGCCAAAGGUUAUGGUUCAUAUGGAAUUCUCACUCCAUCGCGAUUGCUUAAGAUGAAUUAGAAUCAACUGCGUAUAUAUCUAUCAUAUCUAUGGGAUCGAUGUCAUUUUGUAUGCUUAUGUAUCAAUCAAAAAAAGGAUAUGUAUAGUCUCUACAUGUGACUUUUCCUUUCCCCUUUGUGUCUCUAGCUAUAUAGA